AUGAGUGGAAUGUUCUCCUAAGAGGAUUACUAAAGGUCGUUAACGUGCAACACCACUAUCAACGAAACCAGAACUUGUUCCAGUGACCAGUCAGCAGAAAGGCAAUCAUGGUGCAAGCACAUUUCGCAUUGCAAAAUGAUGUCUAGUGGAUCCAAACUACUGAUGGCUGGAGGGGACACGUUCCACAUUUGGCCCCUGCAUUGCAGAGCGAUUUCCUGAAGGGACGUUUUUGGACAACGCAGGCAGGCAUGAAGACUCGACCUGCUGGGAUCGGGAACGCCAACGCCGACUGGAUGGGCUCGCUGCCCCCCAAACUAAUUGUCAUGCCGCUCAAACACCUUGCAGUUCCAGGGUCUCAUGACUCAUUCACCUAUUGGGUGGAUGUUCGUGCUCCAGUAGGUCCUGAUCAAAAAGUCUAUGUCAAGUACCUGGCUACCAUGUUUAGCGUUUUAGCCAAAAAGGUGAUGGUGAAGUGGUCCAUGACACAGAAUCUGUCGUUUAAGGAACAACUAGAUGCAGGUAUUCGCUACUUUGAUCUCAGGGUCUCUUCAAAACCAGGCCAACCGGGGCUUGACAUUUUCUUCAUCCACGGUCUCUUUGGACACAAGGUGAUAGAUGGUCUUAUAGAAAUCAACUCCUUCUUGUGCAGGCACAGGAAAGAGGUCAUCUUCUUGGACUUCAACCACUACUAUGCCAUGGGGUCAGCCCACCACGAAUACCUCAUCAAAAUGCUUCAGGAAGUGUUUGGAAGUAAGCUUUGUAAGAACUGUGACGUGGAGACCAUCACUCUGGACUACCUCUGGAAGAACAAAUAUCAGGUGAUUGUUUUCUACCAUCAUCCAUCAGCUCAGGGUGUCCCUGUCAUGUGGCCUGGUAACAAGAUCCCCGCACCAUGGGCAAACACAACUGAUCCAAGCAAGCUCAUCCAGUUCCUGGAAAGCACACUGAAGCAAAGAGCCAAGCGGGGCUCGUUCCACGUGUCCCAGGCCAUCCUCACACCUCGGGUCAACACUGUGGCCAAGGGUCUGGUUUGGGGGCUACGGAAUUACUUGGUGGAAAAAAACCUUCCUGCCAUCAUGUCCUGGGUGGAGGUUCAGAGGCCAGGCUUGGACGGGGUCAACAUCAUUACCUCUGACUUUGUGGAACUCACUGACUUUGCCAACGUUGUCAUCAGACUCAACAACUUGCUGUUGUCUGAAAAAGAACAUAAAGUGAGAUGACAACAACUGGACAAAGGUGUGCCGCUUUAUACCGCUUGCUUGCUUGCUAUUCAUUGUCAUCACGAAAUAUAUCCACCUGUCAAAAAAAAGCCCCGCCUCUCAACCAUCUUGUUUUGUAUAGAUUGUGCAGGUGUGCCAAAUGUUGAGGCCUGUGUUUGUAUUAAGGAUCGGCAUAAUAAUAGAUGAAUUAAUUGCAGAAAAUCCAGUGGAUAUGUGGAGCUAAUUUUCGCUUACUGACCAAUUGAAACACAAUUUAAGAUGAUCCCUUUCCGUUAAAUUUCAUAAUUUGUCGAAUUAAUCAUUCAUUAGCAGAAAUAAAUCCAAUGUCCGUUUCCUUGCAUGCUUUAGAAGUAGUCUGGAUCGUAAUUUUUUUUACUGCCUGCUUGUGUGCUAAAGUUAGCGUUUUUAACCUUGAAACUAAGAGAGGCAUUGUGGCUCUUCUACGCUUAAACAAGAAAUGUAUACAGUUAAACCUUGAGGGAGGAAAUGUAGGGUUAAGGUUCACACAAUGCAUAUAAAUCACAUGCAAUGUAUACAUGGACAGUAUUUUUGUUAGUGUUAUAAAACAAAGUUUGGUUAAAUAUUUGAAUGGACAUUAAUGCCUGGCUCAUGACAAUAAUAGAUAGAAGAGUCUGCACGUGUGUAUUUCUACAAGUGCGAUGUUGGCUCACUUAUUACAAAUAGUGGCAGUGUCUUCAUUCCUGUGGUCUGAGCAGGGAAAAACACAGGAAAGGGAUUCGAGGAAUUCUGAUAGGAAGGAAGAAGUAAAAAGAAGAAAUAAAAGAUUUGCUUUGAGGGGCAAUUCCCAACAGCUGUUUUCCCUCUCAGUGGAAAGAACAGAAAGUUCCCGAGCGCUUUCAUAUCAGCGCUGCCCCUCACCUCUUAUGGCCCAACCAUGAAUGCAGUCAUUAAAAGUCACCGGCAAAAGCAUUUUAAUUGCGGAGUAAUUACGCAUUCCACGGCAGGCAAGUGGGAGUGGAAAAGGAGCAGCUCGGAUUGAUGAUGAGCAUUCCACUCUUGUUUACAUUGGGCCUUGCUCAC